AAAUAAUACGUGUAUCAUCCAAUAAAAUACCACCACGUAAGAUCCAAACCUUGACCUCCUCGCUGUUCUCUUUACCAGAGUGGUUGGCAUUGGCACCUUGUUUGGUUGCACACUUCAAUUACCUUACCAUUAUUAAAUUCUCAUCAUCUCUCUCAGCUAAAUCUUCUUCUCCACCAUCUCUUCGCCCAUAACCUAAUUAGUGCUCAAUCACAAAACAUCAAUUUCUCUAUGAUCAUGAUGAUGAUGAUGGGUUCAAACACAAAACCCCUUGUGCACCUUUCUCUUCUAAUUUUGGUUCUCUUUUCUUCUUCAACCGAAUCCCUCAGAUUCGAACUCCAAUCUGGGCACACCAAAUGCAUCUCCGAGGACAUCAAGAGCAAUUCCAUGACCGUGGGCAAGUACCAAAUUGUUAACUCCAACGAGGGUCAGCCUCUUCCCGAUUCCCACAGAGUCACCGUCAGGGUGACUUCGUCUUAUGGGAACAACUAUCACUACGGGGAUCGCGUUCAGACGGGACAUUUUGCGUUUGCGGCAGUGGAGGCUGGAGAUUACAUGACUUGCUUUUGGGCUGUGGAUCACAACCCUGUGGAAACGUUGACUGUGGAUUUUGAUUGGAAAACGGGUGUUGCAGCCAAGGAUUGGUCUAAUGUUGCUAAAAAAGGCCAAGUUGAUGUAAUGGAGCUAGAGCUAAAGAAGUUGCAGGAUACUGUUUCCUCCAUUCAUGAGGAGAUGUUUUAUCUUCGUGAAAGAGAAGAAGAAAUGCAGGAACUCAACAGAACAACCAACAGCAGAAUGUUCUGGUUGAGUUUGCUUUCGCUCUUUGUCUGUUUAUCCGUAGCAGGGAUGCAACUAUGGCACUUGAAGACCUUCUUCGAGAAAAAGAAACUUAUUUAAAAUUUUGUGAUAGUUUUUUUACAUUUUUCUUAUGUGCUCUUGUAACAUAUACCAGCAUUAAUUUAUCCAAAGGAUACGCAUAACGGUAGUCAGUAUAAUCUCAGAAUAUUUCCUUUGUUAAACGCAAAUCAGAGUUAUGGCAACACGAGUUUCAGAGGAAAUGUUGGCGUUCUUCAGUUUAGGGCCUUUUUUCGUUUUCUUGUUUUAAAUUUUAAAUAAAAAACCAUUAAGAUGUGGGAAUACUUCGGGAAUCUUAUUGGGGAGUCAAAUAUUCUAAUUAUGAUGAUUA